UAAGAAGAAGGCGGGCUCAGAAAGCAGCCAUUCCAGGGAGGGGAGCAUCCAGGCAAGAGGACGCAUGGGGACCAUCUCAUCACUUGCUCCUUUUCUGAACCGCUGAGGCUCUUUCCAAGCCUUCCAGGCUGGAGGUUAAGUGACCUAUUCCUGCUGUGCCACCGUGAUGCCAUCCCUGCUGCUCGGCUGUGUCUUGCUGUCUUCCGUGGCUGCCUUUCCAAGAAAUACCCAGAAUGGGGCCCUGCCCUUCCAGCCAUCUUUCCCAGAACCUGGGCCUCCACCAAGCAUGCCCUCCAGCCAGAUCCCUCACCUGGAUGCCAGGUCCUGCCAGGCUCUCUUGCAUAGAGUCCUGUCUCUCGCCCCACUGCCUGAGCACCUGUCCAACUUAGCUCUGAGUGUGGCCCUGAAGGAGAUUGGCUGCCCAACGGAGGCCCACCUUUUGAAACUUCAGCAGUUUUCAACGGCAGGAAAGGACAGCUCCGAGGCCCUCACCCACGAGAUUCAAAGGUUCAACAAAGAGGAAGGGAUUGAGGAUGCUGAGCUGAUUCCGCAGCAUCUGGAGGGAACCUCAGGGCAGGGUGGCCGGGCCCGGCGUUCCGCUGACCUUCCUAAGGAAUGUGCCCAAGGACCCGGGAGGCUGCUGCAUGACAUAGCAGUGCUGUUGGUUGACUACAUUGAGAAAGUCCCUGCUACGGAACUGAUGACCAAGCUCAAGACCGCCGCCAUCCGUGCCUCCCAGAACUGCACAUAUGAGGCUUGGGUGCAUGUGGAAGAAGUAAACAAAGAACUGAUAAAAAGCGAGGAAUUGAAGAACAUACCAUUGUCUAUCGAGAAUGAACUCUACUUUUUCAUGCGUGCUGUUGCAUAUCUGACUCGCUAUUUCUUAAGGGAGACACAGAAUCUUUUCCGGGCUUUCCUCGGGUAGGGAAGGCUUCCUGCCAACCAAUUUCUGUUCUCAGAAGACUCUAGGAUGAUGCAUACAACUAGGCACAGUAGCUAGUGAGACAUGUUGAGGACAGCUUAGAAUCAGUAUAUGCUUUUUAUUAUCGUAAACGAAACACGUGGCCGCAGGUCACCUUGUCCCUCUUUGAGUAGGCCCCAUCCCUACUUUUUCCACCAAUAUCUCGUUCUUCCUUUAGAAAGUUAUCAACUAAUGUGCCUGUAGUAGGUACAUGGAAAAAUGUUACUUGGAGGACUAAGCUGUGCGUGUCCCGAGCAUAAUAUCUUCAGUUGCCCUCUAUGGAUUUGGAAGUUGGACAUCAAAUCAAGAAGACCAAGAAUUGAUCCCUUUGAAUUAUGGUGUCGGCAACGAAUAUUAGCUAUAUCAUGGACUGUCAGUAGAAUGCACAAAUCUGUCUUUAGAAGACGUCUCGCCAGAAUGCCCCUUAGAAGCAAGGAUGGCAAGACUCCAGCUUACAUAAUUUGGGUGUGCUGUCAAGAAAGACCAGUCCCCGGGGAAGGAUGUCAUGCUUGCUGAAACAGGAGUAGCACAAAGGGGAAGGGCCCCAGCAAGAUGGACUGACGCCGUGGCGACAGCCGUGGGUUCAGCCAGAACAAUUGUGAGAAUGGGGCCAGCGGGCAGUGGUGAGUUCCGUCGUAUAUGGGGUCACUGUGAGUCAGAACCGACCCGAUGGCACCUAACAUUAGCAAAAUCAUCCCUGUUUUCCGUCCAUUUACCGUGUACUUACCAAUUCUGCAACCAGAUGCUGUGGCCUGUUCAUUGUCAAAACAAAGUCGAGAAAUAAAAAGAUGCUCCUGAAAUCUGAA